AUGGCAAAUACACGGGUGUUAAAGUUAAUUUUAUCAAUGCUGUUCAUAAUACUCAAUUCCAUUGCAAACCCAUCCUUCUCCUGUCCACUACAUCAAAAACAAGCACUUCUCCACUUCAAAUCCACUCUCACCACCAUCAUGGGUCUGAAUAUUAAACUAAAAUCAUGGAAUCCCCAUUCUGCUGAUUGUUGUUCUUGGGAAUAUGUCAAUUGUAGUGCUAGAACCGUCACAGAGCUCCACCUGUUUGAGCUUCUCCCUCCACCCGAUAUCAAUCCGGUUCCGGUAUUUUCCAGCAUCCUAACUCCGCUUUUUCACAUCCGUUCGUUGGAGCUACUUGAUAUCUCAUGGAAUUCGAUGUUAGGAGAGAUCCCGGGAGAUGGGUUUGGGAAUCUAACCAAACUCAUUCACCUUAACAUGGCGGGUAACGGAUUUAAUGGCUCGAUUCCCACCCAAUUAUUUCAGUUAACCAACUUACAUUACUUGGAUUUGGGCAACAUGAUCAUUGAUUUGGGCGACUCUCCCCACUAUCGGACAUCAAGGCGAAAUUUGCCAACCAAAAAUUCUCUUUCCGGAAACAUUCCAGAAGAGAUUGGGAAUCUAACCAAACUCAUUCACCUUGACCUGACGGGUAACAGAUUUUACGGCUCUAUUCCCAUCAAAUUUUUCCAGUUAACAAACUUACGUUACUUGGAUCUGGGCAACAAUUUACUCGUUGGGAAACUAAGGCCUGAACUAAGGUCUUUUCGAAAUUUGACUAUCCUGAGGUUAACUAAAAAUAAUUUCCAUGGUCCGAUUCCUACUCAACUUUUCGAACUCAAAUCUCUUCGGCGUCUUUUUUUAUCAGUAAAUCUGUUCGAUGGGGCUUUAAGCCCCAAAAUUGGCAGGCUUCAGAAUCUUGAAACACUGUUGUUGUUUGCAAAUUAUCUUUCGGGAAAUAUCCCAGAAGAGAUUGGAAAUUUAACAAAGAUAACAGUUUUAUCUUUACAAAAUAAUGAAUUUUCUGGCAUAAUCCCGUCUUCAUUUGCAAACCUGAAGAAGCUGGACGUCUUGGAUUUGUCUGAAAAUUCUUUAUCCACGCUUCCAGCUAUAGGAAGGCUACCCAACAUUACCAAACUUGACCUGAGCGCCAACAGCUUUACGGGCCCGAUCCCAUCAGGAAUACGAAACUUGGUAAGUUGGAUAACCUUCGGCUCCAUGACAACAUGUUCUCUGGGGAAAUCCCAACUUGGUUAUUCAAAAUCAGAACUCAUUUCAUCACAGAAAGAACUGGUGUAUCUUGAUUUGAGCGCCAAUCAAUUGGAGGGAGGAUUCCCUGAUUGGCUUGCUGAGAUGCAACAUAUGGAAAUAUUGGUUCUUACGGAUAACAAUCUCACCGGAUCAAUCCCUUCUCGCCUAUUUGAAUCUACUAUUUUACUGCACCUUGAAUUGACCAGGAACAAAUUUUCCGACGAGUUUCCGGAAAACAUAGGAAAUGCCACAGGGAUGGAUUUCGUUUUGUUGGCGGAAAAUAAUCUUUCAGGACACAUUCCAACGUCCAUCUCCAAGAUUGACAGUCUAACUACUUUGGACUUGUCCAAAAACAGAUUUUCCGGUAAUAAUUUGCCUAUUUUUGGACAUACUUCUAGUUUGCUUAUCAUAGAUUUGUCCUACAACAAUCUUUCCGGUAAGGUGCCAACCACUUUUCCCGAAGCAAUCCAAGUUGUUUGUUUAGCGGGGAAUAGAUUUUCUGGUGAGCUUCCUUGGAAUUUGACUAAAUUGGUCCACCUCCAACUUCUUGAUCUCCAUGACAAUGAGCUUACCGGAAAUUUACAGUAUACCCUGCCUCAUAUGUCAACUCUUAGAAUUCUUAUUCUAAGAAACAAUUCCUUUCAAGGAUUGAUCCCCAACAAUAUCUCUAGCCUCAGCUUCCUUCAGUUUCUUGAUCUCUCCCAUAACUAUAUAAUAGGAAGUAUUCCCCGAGAGAUCGCAAACCUUCCAAGAAUGAUCGAAAGGCCGUCAACGCCAUCCUCUGCAGUUAAGGAGGGACAUAUGAUUGCCAUGUCUGUCGGUCAAGAUUUCAACAGAGCUGAGGACUUGAUUGUGAAUUGGAAAAAAUCUUUUCAAGGUAUACCGAUUCGCAAGCUCAUACAAUACGUUUUGUUAGAUUUGUCGGGUAACAAUAUAUCCAGUGAACUUCCGGCAUCCUUGGGCAAACUCAAAGGCCUAAAGUCGCUCAACGUAUCACACAACAGGAUUUCCGGGCACAUUCCUGCGUCUUUUGGUGAUCUACAAAGCGUAGAAAGCUUGGACUUGUCACACAACGAAAUAUCGGGUCCAAUUCCUCAAUCAUUUGCAAAGCUUGGCAACCUCACACUUCUAGAUGUGAGUGACAACAGACUUACUGGUAAGAUUCCUACUGGUGGGCAAAUGGACACUAUGAAUGAGUUGAGAUAUUUUCAAAACAACAAUGGAUUAUGCGGUGUGCAGAUUAAUAUCACAUGUCCCGAGGAUAUCCCACCAUCACAAGGAAGUAGUACUGACGAUGAAAAAGAAUCAUGGUUUCUCUGGGAGGCAACUUGGGUCGGUUUCCCAAUUGGAUUUUUCGCAUCAAUCUUGAUCUGGAGGUCGGUUUCCCAGUUGGGUUACAUAUUAUUUCGUAUCAAAAUCUUUGUAUUGUGCCGUUAAUUGAUCGAAUUGUUCGACUUAUAAUUGUCUCUCAACGAAAGUCGUAUAUAAUAUUAAUGUACUCCAUAGCAAUAUAUGUACGUCUACAAUUUGCUUUCACCCUGGUUAUUUCUCAACAAACGAUCCUUCUUUUUGUUUAUGAA